UUAAAGGAAACAGUUAUAAUGGCUAGUGUGAGUACUUGUGAAUGGGACAUUUUAUUCAUAAGAUACACAUUUAUAGAUGCAGUUUUGACAGUUUCCAGGUCAGCUGUCUGUUCCUCCUCAGAAAUGUUCCUUUCUCCUAGAACGUGUACCAUGGGAAGAAAGGAAAUUUGGGGUUCCCAGCUGAGAAUUAGGAAAACCUGAACCAAACUAUUACUGAUAAUUCGUGUGGCAGACUGCAUUCUGAACUGCUGUAGGCUUGGUCACUUGGCAGUAAAAUAAAAACUAGAAUGUGUGUUGCCCAGCCUGUUUGUUAUUUUGGUAAUUGUGGCAAAUAUUGUGGGUUGGUUCCAGUAGUAGCUAGAGGAGGAGCAGGUUUGAACAGGAACAGCAGUUGAAUUUCAGGGAUGUUGAGUUUGCCAUCUGGGACAUAUGUGUCUGGAAUUUAGGAGAGAGGCCUGGGCUGAUGUAAAUUUGGAAAAUGUUGGUGUACAGAUGGUAAUUAAAUUAGCCAGGAAGCAGGUGGGCUCACCAUCAAAGCAGCAAGUACAGACAGCAAAGAGAAAAAGACUCAAGACAGCCGUAGGGCCCACAACAUUCAGGAUGACUUGGAGUAGAGGAGGAGCCAGCAAAGGGACUGAGAAGGAGUGACCAGGGAGGUAAGAAGAGAACCAACAUUAUUAAUAUUCUAGAAGCAAAUUGAAGAAUGUGCAAAGGAGUAGAGUGCAUCCUGGGGUUCUGUGAGUGUCCCCAGGCCUGUGCUCCUCAGGGGUGAGAUUCGUGCCUGCUGGUGUUAGAGUCCCCAACAGCCAGAAUUGUUUCUGGCUCACCGUGCAAUCCCAGUGUUGUUUUUUUGUGUUUUUUGUUUUUGUUUUGAUGUAUACUGAAUGAACCCCAGAACAGUGUAUUUCUGAUAUGUUUGUUUCCCUUCGACAGUCUGUAACAUAAAAUAAAGGUAUACAACGUUCAUGGUUAAUUUUGCCAGUGAGCAUGCUAAGAUCUUGUCCCUAUGUGCCUAUUUCACGUCACCCAAUUCCAAUCACGGUGCCAUUUCAGGGGCCAGUGUCAUUCAAAGAUGUGGCUGUGGACUUCACCCAAGAGGAGUGGCAGCAGCUGGAUCCUGAGCAGAAGAUAACUUACAGGGAUGUGAUGCUGGAGAACUACAGCAAUCUAGUUUCUGUGGGGUAUCACAUUAUCAAACCGGAUGUUAUCAGCAAGUUGGAGCAAGGAGAAGAGCCAUGGAUAGUAGAAGGAGAAUUCCUACUUCAGAGCUAUCCAGAUGAAGUCUGGCAAACUGAUGACCUAAUAGAGAGAAUCCAGGAAGAGGAAAAUAAACCUUCAAGGCAAACCGUGUUCAUUGAGACCCUUAUUGAAGAGAGAGGUAAUGUUCCUGGCAAAACUUUUGAUGUAGAAACGAACUCUGUUCCUUCAAGAAAAAUAGCCUAUAAAAAUAGCCUCUGUGACUCAUGUGAAAAGUGUUUAACGUCUGUUUCAGAAUAUAUUAGUAGUGAUGGAAGCUAUGCAAGAAUGAAAGCUGAUGAAUGUAGUGGAUGUGGGAAAUCACUCAUCCAUAUUAAGCUUGAGAAAACUCAUCCAGGAGAUAAAGCUUAUGAAUUUAAUCAAAAUGGGGAACCUUAUACUCUAAACGAAGAAAGUCUUUAUCAGAAAAUUCGUAUUUUGGAGAAACCUUUUGAAUAUAUUGAAUGCCAGAAAGCCUUCCAAAAGGACACUGUUUUUGUUAAUCAUAUGGAAGAAAAGCCCUAUAAGUGGAAUGGAUCUGAAAUAGCCUUUCUCCAGAUGUCGGACCUCACUGUACAUCAGACAUCUCAUAUGGAAAUGAAGCCCUAUGAAUGCAGUGAAUGUGGGAAAUCCUUCUGUAAAAAGUCAAAAUUUAUUAUACAUCAGAGGACUCACACAGGAGAGAAACCUUACGAAUGUAAUCAGUGUGGGAAAUCCUUCUGCCAGAAGGGAACCCUUACUGUGCAUCAGAGAACACACACAGGGGAGAAGCCCUAUGAAUGUAAUGAAUGUGGGAAGAACUUUUACCAGAAGUUACACCUCAUUCAGCAUCAGAGAACUCACUCAGGAGAGAAGCCGUAUGAAUGUAGUUAUUGUGGAAAAUCCUUUUGCCAGAAGACACACCUCACACAACAUCAGAGAACACAUUCAGGAGAGAGACCUUAUGUUUGUCAUGACUGUGGGAAAACCUUCUCGCAGAAGUCAGCACUUAAUGACCAUCAGAAAAUUCACACAGGUGUGAAACUCUACAAGUGUAGUGAAUGUGGGAAAUGCUUCUGCCGCAAGUCUACUCUCACGACCCACCUGAGGACCCACACGGGAGAGAAACCCUAUGAAUGUAAUGAGUGUGGAAAGUUUUUCUCUCGGUUGUCAUAUCUCACUGUACAUUAUAGAACUCAUUCAGGAGAGAAACCCUAUGAAUGUAAUGAAUGUGGAAAAACCUUCUACCUGAAUUCAGCCCUCAUGAGACAUCAGAGGGUGCACACAGGAGAGAAACCUUACGAAUGUAACGAAUGUGGAAAGUUAUUCUCCCAGUUGUCAUACCUCACUAUCCAUCAUAGAACUCAUUCAGGAGUAAAACCCUAUGAAUGUAGUGAAUGUGGGAAAACCUUCUACCAGAACUCAGCCCUUUGUAGACAUCGGAGAAUACACAAAGGAGAGAAGCCCUAUGAAUGCUAUAUAUGUGGAAAAUUCUUCUCUCAGAUGUCAUACCUCACUAUACAUCAUAGAAUUCAUUCAGGAGAGAAGCCCUAUGAAUGUAGUGAAUGUGGGAAAACCUUCUGCCAGAAUUCAGCCCUUAAUCGACAUCAGAGAACACACACAGGAGAGAAAGCCUACGAAUGUUAUGAAUGUGGGAAGUGCUUCUCUCAGAUGUCCUAUCUCACUAUACAUCAUCGAAUUCAUUCAGGAGAGAAACCCUUUGAAUGUAAUGAGUGUGGAAAAGCCUUCUCUCGGAUGUCAUACCUCACUGUACACUAUAGAACUCAUUCAGGAGAGAAACCCUAUGAGUGUACUGAAUGUGGAAAAAAAUUCUACCACAAAUCAGCAUUCAACAGCCAUCAGAGAAUUCAUAGGAGAGGCAAUAUGAAUGUAAUAGAUGUGGGAAGGCUUCUCUGAAGUCAGACCUCAUUUUAUAUCAGAGAACCCUUUCAAUAUAGUGAAUCAGAAACUCCUGCCUGAAGUCAAACACCUUGUACAUCAGGGAGUUCACACAGGUUAGUGUGGACAUCCCCUUGUGUGUUGGACUCAUAAUCUGAAGACUCACAGAAUGGAAACCAUGAUUAUAACAAGAACACAUGGUAUAACAAUACUAGACUAUAGACAAGUAAAAAUUUAUAAAUAUUCAGAAUGUAUAUACACGUCUCCAUGGAUUGGAACUGUUUUGCAUAUCAGGGAAUUCAUAGCCAAGGGGAAAUCUAUCAAUAUAAGGAAUGUGGAAGACAUAAUCCUUUGGAAACUGUUAAUACUAAAAGAUGUGUUUCUGAUACAAUAGCAAACUUGAAAAGAAAAAAAAAAAAGAAACAGAGAAGAUUCCUGCUGUGAAUAAACAUACUCCUUGUGUAAAUAGAAGCUGUAAAGUCAUCAGGAUAGCUAGUUAAGUCGGUAACCUUAAACUCAUGUAAGCAGUUCCCAAAGAACAUAGGACUUACGUUUGGGGUAGAGGGUUGUUUUUAUUACAUUACAUUACAUUACAGGAAUUGUAUGUUCACUUUGAAUCAUGUUUGAAAAAAACAUUGUAUCCUUAUUUUGUAAUUCAUAUGGUAAGAGUAUUCUAAACAGCACUACGUUAAUAUCAUUUGAUAGGUAUAAAGUAUACUUUUUCUUGCGCUCUUCUCUAGGAUUUAAUGCAUUUGAUCAUUCUUAAUGGACAAUAUCAGCUCUAAAGGGCCAAUGCUUUUAUAAUGUUUUCAACUGUAUCUGAGUCAGCCAGAGAGAUAAAUAUCCAUGUAUAAAAUAGAUAGAAAACUUUGCUUAGGUAAUUUAAAAUUGUUAAUGCCAGUUCUCCAGAAGUGAGGAAAUCAUUGCACUCUAUACAGUUUUAAGAUAUACUUAAAAUAUUCCCAUUUGUAGCUAUUGUUUUUUUCUACUAUUUCUUAUUUGAACACUUACAUAACGGUGCAGAGCACGAUGCUGUGUAACGUAGGAAUUAACUGUGUUUUCAUUUGAUAUCGUACUGCUUUUAAACCUUGUGUUCUACUCCUUCCUGUUACUGAAUGAAGAACACAUUCUAAUAAGGGUUUGUGGCAGACAUUGCUGAGUGACUUUCUUAGUCACUCCCUUACUCUGCUGGCUGAGUUUGGUUAUCCAUUUAUCCUCAAAAGGAAGUGAGAUAAAUCCUGAUUAGUUUUAACCAAUGACACUCCCCUUCUUGUUGCCAGCAGUUGAUUUACAGUGGUCACAGGGCCCAUUUCUAGACAUAAAACAAAGGAUAUACCUGACAGACUACUUCUGGAAAAGGUUUUCUCAAAGGCCCAAGGAUUCAAGCAAAGGGAAGUGGAAUCUUGUGGUGAACAGUACCUUGUCUGGAUGUGGUGCCUGGUAACCAUCUUUCAACAAUGGAUUAUAGUUUGAUCACGGCCUGAGCAGAAAAACUGAAAGACCCUGAGACGUAGAUGAUGUCUUUGAGCCACUAAACCAACCAGCCUUGUAGCCACUCCUCCUUUGGACUGUUUCCUUUGUGAGAGACUAAACUUAUUUUUAAGCCAGUUGAUUUAGGAUGCUCUGUUACUAAUAACUGAAGACAUUCUAAUUGGUACAGACUUAAACCUUUAUAGGACUUAUGCAGUUCAGAUGUGGACUUUAGGUAAGUCAUUUAUUUUAAGCUGUUGAUAUAGAGAUUUAUUUUCUGUAAAUUUUGACAUAAAUAGUUUGAGCAUUAGAAAUCAACUUGAAACAAUAAAAUGUAUGCUUCCUUGAACUGUCAUAUCGUUGACCUGCAAAAUUCACCUUUGGAACGUGACACAAUGUUAGGCAUACCUCCUUUUUUCUAAUACAUGGAAUAAAUUUUGUUUGAGGUAAUUUAUGUUCAUGUAUCACUGCUACAGUGUUAGCUGACAACAUAUAGUAUGAAGUAAGGAUCUAAUUUUGUUUUCUCUCACAUAAUUACUUGAUAGCUAAUCAUCUGAUUGAUUUACUGCUUUACCACUGAGCUGAAAUGCCAUGUUUUUCACUUAUUAAAAUCACACAUGGCUCCUGUCUUUGUUACUCAGCACUUUUUCUCCAUAUUCUUCAAGAUGAUUGUGAGUAUGGUACAUAACAGGAAUUACAUCUGGUAAGUUGUACAGUUUUGUGUAGGAACUCUAUAUUCAUAGCAUAUUUGUGGAAAUGAUACCUACAGAGGUUUCCCCACACUGGUGUGUCAUUAUACGUUAAUUGUACAAUAUGCAUUUUCAGUAAAAUAUUUGAAAACUGUAAA